AUGGCGCACGGAUCUGGACAUGAAUUUUCUUUUUCAUCUGUGCCUUUCUGCAACAUACUGCCUGUCACCUGCACGCCUAACCCAUCCCCGAAGGGUUUUGUUUUUGCCAUAAAACAGCAGCUCCCUUUGAUAUGAAGGUAAAAGUCCCUUUCUGGCGACAUCCCAAACUUGCAGGGAAACCGGCGUCAAAAUUUCCGAAACACCUCCGAACUCUUCUCAAUGCCAGCAAAUUCACAUACGUUGGGGCAGGCCCAAGAACCUUAGACAGCGUCGUAUCCUACAUCCCAACUCUCAAGUCUCGAAAUAGAGGCAAUGAUAAUAUACGCUCUCGUAUUUUCUCUGCGAAUCCGGACAUUCCUAAUGUUGCAGCAGGCUGUACCACCAUCAACGUGAUAAUAUGCAUCUCGCAGCGUGAUUUUCCCAUAUCCAUUCAUCAGCGACUGCUGGCACUACUUGUGAUAAAAGGAAUUAACUUAAAUAAUGUCCACUGGGUGAUAACAGAUGUUGAUCAACUUGGUGAAUACCCAAUGUUCCCUACGAAUCUGGGUCCCAUCAGUAAAACCAAUAUGAAGCUUUGGAAAACACAGUUUCUCAAUGAAUUGAACAAGUAUAAACAGUAUUUCACAUACACCAGGAUGGCGGAGAAUGUUGAAAAAUCUUCAAAUGAUUUUGAUUUGUUUGAGACCAAUAUCAAAGACACCAAUGAGUCGAUUUUCGAGAAGCUCAAAAAUUACACUGUAUCCUUAAAACAUAUUCAUCUUUUCUCCAAAGACUUACCCUGGACUUUAACUCCAAUCCUUCAAUCUUUAGAUUAUGACCCCUUCCAGUCUGCAAACACUUAUAUCAUUGGACAAGCUAAUUCCGGGAAAACUUCAUUGCUCCGCAGUAUGGUCUCAGCGUUUUGCAAAGAUUUGAAUAAAGAAAUGGACUCUGAUACCAAACUUGAAGAAGGCGAUGAAGCUGAUGGGCUGAUAGUAAGUCCGCAGCACAUAAAACCUUCUCCAGUACCUUUUGCAUCUAAAUUCAACGUCUACAACGUGCCAGGAAUGAAGCUAAUAGAUACGCCAGGUUAUGUCCGUACAGAGGGUAGUAUCUGGAGCCAUACCAAUGAUCGAGGUGCACAUUUGCUGAGGAUUCCUGACGUUAAUUCAUCAACAAAACUGAAGAAACAAAUGGCUGUUUGCCCUCGUGUAUUACAUCAGGUCAAGCACGAUGCAAGUGUCUUAUCUGGCAUACAUAUCGGCGGACUUGUUUUCAUUAAACCAUGGUUAGUCACUCCGAAAGACGCUCCCAAAUCAGGUGAAUUCCCUGAUAUAACUGUCGAGGUCAUAAAAAACAUGCCUGGUGAAGUGAAGGCAAUCACCGCACAGGAUAUAAAUGGGAAGAUGUUUGACCCUGAGCACAGCAAAGUUGUAAAAGAACGAGAGUGGAGUAGGUACCUUCUACGAGAUGAGAGAAUCGAGCUGGUUCUAGAUAACAUUGGCAGCUUUACGGCUACAGCUGAUAACCUGCCUUUUGUUUCUUCAACAGAAGUAUUUUGGGAGGUCUCAGUUCCUGCACGUGUACGAUUCCUAUCCAGAUCGUGGGAUGCUAACGGGGAACCUGUGUUCAAAAGCUUCCAGCCCCUCAAACUCGGUUUUGCUAAGGAACUUGCCAUGCUUGUACAUCAAGUGGGAGCGAAAUCUUGCGUAUAGCUGGUUCUACAUGUGAUCUAAAAUGCCUCCGAUAAAAACAUUUUUGAGUUAGCUAAGUGUGUAACUACACGUUCCAUGUUUUGUCGAAGUUCGGCCGUUUACUAAAGUGACACCUCAUAGCCUGCCAUUACUCGUCAAUACGCUCUUUCUUAUAAAAAUAUGAAAGAAGAGAGAUUGUUUUUAUUCUUAUGAAACGCCGGUCAGUCACCUUUGCGUAGUUUUCAACUCAUGGAUGUCCCAUCUCAG